AUGUGCGAACGGGAUGCGACAAUCAUCGGAGAGCCUCACGAGGCAUGUCUUGAGCCGCCAACGGAGCCCGCAACAUACAUGCACCAACCACUUAGUCGUUCUCUUGACGAGAUACGCCUGCUCAAGCUUCGCAAAGAAGAACACGGCCCCGUACACUGCGAAGUUGAAGUAUUCCCGCUCGAGCAGGCCCCGGAAUACAUCGCGCUAUCCUACCGGUGGGGCCCGCCGUCGCCAUCGCAUGAUAUCUUCAUCGCAGACCAGAGACUCAAGAUCCGAGACAUUCUGCACGCAUGCUUGUUGGAGUUGCGAGAAGAUGUGGAUACAUGGCUAUGGAUCGAUCAAAUCUGCAUUGCGCAGGCGGAUACAGCGGAACGAAACCACCAGGUCGGAAUGAUGUCGCGUAUCUACAGCGACGCCACCUCUGUCAUUGUCUGGCUAGGCGACAUACCUAUAGCGAGCCCAGAAGAGGUUGAUCGUUUCAACGAUAAAGACCUGCGUAGUGAGGAUGUUGUAUCGUUGUUGGAGAACAUAUACUUCACGCGACUGUGGAUAGUGCAGGAAAUACUGGUUGCCAGACGAAUUAAGAUCCGUAUCAAUGGGAAUCGUUGCGUCACAUGGAACUGUUUACACCUCAAGGGCUUACCAGCAUCCCCGAUAUGGGACCUCUACGUUGAACCCGCGGCCAAAUAUCUUCUUAAGAUCAGUCACGGUUAUCACCGUAGUGGUCAGGAUCAUUCCAUGCCGUUAAUGGACUGCAUCCAGAACUUCAGAGACAGCAAAUGUCAAGACCCCAGAGACAAAGUUUACGGUUUCAUGGGUGUCGUAAGAGUGGAGGAUAGGAUUGCAGUUGAUUACAACAAGACCGUACAGGGAGUAUUCCUAGAUUUUAUCAAUGUUGUUGUCAAUGAACUGACGGUCUCAUCAUCUUCGACGACCUUGGUGUGCGGCUACAUUUAUGGUUUGGGUUUGCAAAUGGGGAUUGAAGAGUUCUUGCUGAAACGCCUGAACCCACUACUAGAAGAUCGUCUUGGGGACCAUAGAUACGAAAUAGUGCUCACUGUAGGUCUCGAGAAGGCAAAUCUUGUGCGAAGGUAUGAUCGUUGGUGGUUCGAGUACAAAAGUGGGAGAUUCUUUUGGUUUUUUUAA